CGGGCGAAAUUAAAGAAAGCUUCGGGUGAAUGGUCACAAGCAAAACGCCAAAACAAUGUACAAGAAACUCAUCCAUUUCCUCGGCGACGCUCUAACGGAGACGACGAAGAAGAAUGAACGGCGGAGGAGAGAAGAGACCACGGAGAAAGCCUCUCUCGAGCUUCCUCCAGAGAUCAUCCGAGAGAUCCUCCUCCGAUUACCAGCCAAAUCAAUCGGGAGAUUCAGGUGCGUCUCAAAGCUCUUCCGCUCCCUCUCAUCGGAUCCAAAAUUCGCUAAUAACCACCUAGAUCUAACCAUCCGAAACGACGCCGUUCACCGCAAACUCAUCGUCUCAUCGCAUAACCUCUACGCGUUAGACUUGGAUUCAAUCGGAUGCCAAAGAUUUAGAGAUUUGUUAGCUCAGGAGCUUAACUACCCUCUCAAAGAAGAUCCGAUUAAAUUCGAUGAGAUGAUUAAAUGCCACGUGGGAGAGAAUAUGCUUAAACCGUAUAGAAGAAACUGGGUUGAGAUCAUCGGAUCUUCGCACGGUUUAGUGUGUAUAUCUCCGUGCGAAGGAGCUCUGUUCUUGUAUAAUCCAACCACUGGAGAAUCAAAGAGAUUAUUAAUCUCCGCCGGAGGAGAAGAGUUUCAAACUAUUGGAUUCGGAUUCGAUGAUUUAACGGAUGAUUACAAAGUAGUGAAGCUUGUUGCUGAUGGUGACAAUGUACUUAAAUCCAGCGUCUAUUCGUUGAAGUCAGACUCUUGGAGAUGGAUCCGUGAUUUGAGUUAUGAGCAUAAGGAUUGCUUCAGCUCUGGUGUGACUCUCCGCGGCGCGGUCCACUGGGUGUUCGCUAACGAUAGCCAGAGAGUGGUGUUAGCGUUUGAUUUUAAAACGGAGGAGUUUCGAGAGAUGUUGUUGCCUGGUGAAGAGGCUGAGGAUUGUGGUCAUAGUUAUAGAAACUUUGUUGUUGGGGUUAUCAACGGGCGUCUUUGUUUGGUUAAUAGCUGCUACGAGGUGCAUGAUGAUGUUUGGGUGAUGGAUGAGUACGGUGUAGCGAGUUCGUGGAGGAGAAUCAGGAUCAGUUUGUUGUAUAGGUCGAUGAAGCCGUUGUGUUCGAGUGAGAACGGUGAGGAGGUUCUUUUGGAGCUUGAUGGAGACAUGGUGUUGUACAAUUUCGAGAGUCAUGGGUCGAGGUAUUUGGGGAUUCGUGGUGUAAAGCUCAGUGAUGGGUUCGAGGCUGAUGCUUACGUAGAGAGUCUCAUAUCGCCUAACUCGUAUGGUUUUGUGAACUGAAGAAACACUUUGGUGUGUUUUACGAGUUGAAGAAAGUUGUAUAUUCUCUUAUGUUAUACUCUAUGAAGAAAAAGAUAUCCCAAAAAAAGCAAAGGAAUGUCUGUGCAUUGUAACAUGAUUCGCGAGAACAUUAAAGAACUUAAUGAUGAUAAUACAAUAAUA